AUGACGGCAAACCUGUCGAGCGAGCGCGUCUCCACGGACCAGACCGAGAGCGGAUCCGCCGUCGCCUACCCAGCCAAGCCUCAACUCGCCGCCGACGAGGAAAAGCCAGGGGUCCAAGAAGACCAUGGCGGCCUCGGUCAAGGCAACGACGAGGACCAUGGCUCCCCCAAUUACCCCACGGGCCUCACCCUCAUCCUCAUCAUCGCCGCUCUCUGCAUGGCCGUCUUCCUCGUCGCCCUCGACCAGACCAUCAUCGCCCCGGCCCUCGGCGCCAUCACGGCCCACUUUCUGAGCGUCAAGGACAUUGGAUGGUAUGGCUCCGCCUACCUUUUGACCACGACAGCUCUGCAGCCCAUGUACGGCGCCAUCUACAAACUCUUCAACGUAAAGCUCGUCUACCUCGCCGCCGUCCUCAUCUUCGAGCUUGGCAGCUUGGUCUGCGCCGUUGCCCCGACCUCGACCGCCUUCAUCGUCGGCCGCGCCAUUGCUGGAAUUGGAACGGCCGGCAUCUUCUCUGGCUCCAUUGUCGUCCUCUCCUUGACCAUGCCUCUGGAGAAGCGCCCGCUCGUCUUCGGCCUCAUCGGCGGCAUGUGGGGCAUCGCCUCCGUCGCUGGGCCACUGCUCGGAGGUGUUUUCACCGAGAAAGUCACCUGGCGCUGGUGCUUUUACAUCAACCUGCCCAUCGGCGGCCUCGCAAUGCUCAUCGUCUUCUUCUUCGUCCGCGUCAGCCGGAACACGGCCGAAACCGAGGGCCAUUCCUUCACGACCCGCAUCCGCCAGCUCGACAUUCCCGGCACCGCCAUCUUCCUCCCCGCCAUUGUCUGCCUGCUGCUCGCCCUGCAGUGGGGCGGCGCCGAUUACCCUUGGGCAAACUCGCGCAUCAUCGGCCUCUUUGUCGGCUUCGGCCUUUUGAUCGCCGUCUUCAUCGCCAUCCAGUUUUGGCAAGGCGACAGGGGCACCUUGCCGCCUCGCCUCUUCGCCAACCGAAACGUCCUCAGCGCCAUGAUCUUUGCCUUUUUCUUUGGCGCCGCUUUCUUCCCUCUCGUCUAUUACAUUUCGCUUUAUUUUCAAGCCAUACAAGGCGUCAGUGCCGUACAAGCAGGGAUCAAAAUCCUUCCACUCCUGUUAGCCACAGUUAUCAUAUCUAUUCUGUUUACCGUCGGCGCUGGCAUGAUCAGCACCUUCGACGUCGACACCCCGUUGCGUGAGUGGUUUGGCUACCAGGUCCUCGCCGGCCUCGGCAUCGGCGCCGGCUUCCAGAUCGGGGUGCUCGUCGUGCAGACCGUCUUGCCCCAGGAAAUGGUACCCGUCGGCACCGCCUGCGUCCAGUUCUUCCAGGCCCUCGGCGGCGCCGUCUUCAUCGCUGUCGCGCAGACGCUCUUCCAAAACGGCCUCAUCGACGGUCUCCGGGUGGCCGACAACGGCAUCGACGGCCGCGUCUUCAUCAACAGCGGCGCCUCCGAGAUCAAAAACGUCCUCGCCCAGAUGGGCCGCCUUGAUGCCCUCGACUCGGUCCUCAGGGCGUACAUGACGGGCUUGCGCCACACCUUUUACAUCUCCGUUGCCUGCGCCGGAUGUGCGCUUCUCGCCGUCCUCUGCCUCGAGUGGAAGUCUGUCAAGAAGGGCCCCGAUGGCCACAAGAAGAAGGCGACGGCGGCUGCCGUGAUGGCGUAG